CCUCGGGGAUUCCUCUCGGGGGCAGCGCUAAGGCCUGAGUUGGCAGGCACCGGGGCCUCUCCCUUUGAGACUAAUUUUAAACUCUGGCUUGAAAAUGUAUCCGUGUGUGCCCCGAUCGAAAGAUGACUGAUGUCGUGGUAGCUGAAGGCUCCGUGAAACUCAGGGAAGGGAAAAAGUGGAAAACGCGAUGGGUCGUGCUGAAGAAGCCCUCGCCCGUGGCCGACUGCCUCAACCUCCUCGCCUUCAAGGACAGGCGAGACAGCUGCAUCGUGGAGAGCAAGAAGGAGAGAGGCAAGGGAGAGCGCGAGCGGCACAAGGAGAGGGACAAGCAGAAGGAGAGGCUGGAGAGCGAGCGGGAGAGGGCUGACCUCUUCCUGGAGAGCGUGUGCGGCCUGCAGGGCGGCCUGUCGCUCGAGGGAUGCGACCACGUGCUGGCCAUCAUCUCCCUCACCCAGGUGCUGCUGCUGGGUUUCGACUCGCCGCGCAGCCUCGCCGAGUGGGACGAGCAGCUGCGGGACUGCCUGGGAGAAGUGCACAGCUUCGCGGUGUGGGUGCCAGCGGGCAGCCGUCUGGAGAGCGGGCCGGCCACGCUGCACUUUCGGCACAACGCUUUCGUGCUCACGCGCCACGCGCCCCCGGCGCUGCUGGCGCACUGGCGCCUCGCGGAGCUGCGCCGCUACGGCGCCGUGCCCGGGGGGUUCGCGUUCGAGGGCGGCACGCGAUCAGCUGCAGGUGCCGGUGUGUUCUUCCUGGCAUGCACGGAGGCCGAUCAGAUUUGCUUCCUCUUCGACUGCUUCGUCGCAGGAUUUGCGUCACCAAGAACCUUCCGCAGGGCACCCACGCUGUCCGCUGUUCACCCUCGUGCUAAAGCAGCGCGGGCAUUCACAGACAGCUCCGGCGUCUCCGGAUCGGCAGACGAGCAGUCUGAUGGCAGCCCGUCAGACAGCCUCAUAUACACCUCCAUCCAGCAGCUCACGAUGCCACCAGAAGCAAAGAUAGCCAGGUCCCCACUCCUGCAUAGAGCUUCCGCUGUGAUUACUGACAAGUCCAGACUUCCCACGAAGCCCCACCUGCCAUCGCCGGCGACAGAACCAUCCCGGAGGAUAUCAUCAGACAGCGGGAUAACGACAGUCACCCGCUCGGGCUCGGGGUCUGCCUCGGGCAGCUUCUCUUCUUGCUCUGGCAGUGCCGGCGGCUCGGCGAGUGACGAGUUUGAAUCCAUCCCAGCCAAAGGGCCAGAGGCCUCCUCAACGAUUCCACCGGCCUUCCACCAAGGGGCAGAAAAGUCCGAGUGCCGCUUUCCGUACGUCACCAACUGGUGGUAUGCCGUGCCGCGCAGGGAACUCCACUCGAAUUGCCCCAGCACCUGCCUGUACAAGGAGAGGCAUUCGCAGCAGGAGGCGGGGAAGUCGGCCCCUUUGAGAACUUCAGACACGGCGCAGAGGAUGGAUGCUGCCACGGCAGCAGAGCCGGUGUCAUUAGAAAAGCACGCGUCAAUCAGAGCAGGCGACGUUCCCGUCGAGACAGAGGCUUGUACCAGCUACGUACAAGCCGCCAGAGCGCACGUUGGAAAUGUGACUGAGCCCGGAGAUUGUCAAAGUGGACACCGUGCCGGCUCUUCGAAGGAGACCUUUCAGGGGGAUUUGGCCGAGGCAGCUUUGCAGAGGCUCAUGAGGUGCUCCCUGGUGCAACCGCAACCUUCAGUGUCCUCUGCAGCGCAGGAGGCGGCCGGCGCCACCGCAUCUGGAGCGUGCGCUCGAGGGAGCCACCCGAUCGCAUCGACAGAUGUUGCGGUCCAUUCCGACGAGAUGCCGCAGACGGAACUGGAGCCAGCACUCCAGUGCUCCGCUGUCCACACCCUGACGCAAGAUUACAGGGGACCCCACAGGAUGCCAAGCGGUGGCCAGAUCACCGCUGAGAAGUCAGGAUUCUUAGGACACCCUGAAGGUCCGGGAGCCAAAUACAGGCACUCUGACAAGACAAACUGACAAGACACUAGCACAUUGGCAAGACUGCAGUCUAUCACUCACAAGACAGGACAAAAAACGGUGGUAACAGAAUGCUCAAACAUUUCCACACUCACACCAAAAAAAAAAGAACAAAAUAAACUUCAUCCCAUGGAGAAGGGAAAACACCGUGUGCAGAAAUUAAUAAGUUAUUGGCCAUUGACUCUUCUGCAAGAGGUAGCUACGUAAAUAUAAUAUCCAGUACACAUUUCAAAGUGUAUUUAAAAAAAAAAUAAGCGAAAAGAACAAGAAUAUCAUGGUCGUAGUAAUAAUAAUGUAUGUUUUAUGUGUUUGUUUUUAUUUUAACGUGCCAAUGUAAUAUUUAUUGUUUUUAGAAUAUACUGUGCAAUGCGAAGUUCAAAUGGAAAAAUGUAUAUCCGGUGCUGUAUUAUAUAUAUAGUAAAGAUACCCAGUUGAAGCUGCAAGUGUAUUGAAAAGGCAGUGGUGUGCCCACAACCCGCAUGUCCUUGGUGCAUUAACAAUUUAAACAUCCAGGCAAUAACUUCUUGUGUCAAAUGCAAGCACAGUAAUAGCAAUUGUUCAUAUCUGGCACAAUUAUUUUCCCACGUGCCCCCUUCCGAGGGUGUUACACAGCCAUUACCGCUGCCUCCAUUUCAUUAUGAGUUUGUGCCAUUACGUUUGUGCUGUUUGAUUCCAGUCUUUCGCAGCUCGAGGCUAAAUAUUGCACAUUAUCGCAAGGUGUAUAAUUAGGGGCUGGUUUUCUCAUUAAAGAUAACUGAGGGAAUGGGUAGGCAAAUUAAUAAAUGUGCAGCACUGGCAACUAAUGAAGUACAUGUUUUUUAACAGCGCGUGUGGAUAUAAAGUAGCGCAUGCCUGUCACCCGGAACUUUGUAGGCAGGGAUGAUGGUUCACACAGAUGUCAUGUGAGUGACACUGCUGACCCGCAUGAGUACUGGAGAAUGAUUCUAGUUGAGAUAGCUUUCUGACCUAUGCAAAUGGUUUUUAAAUUGUAUCCUCUCAUAUGCAUAUUUUUUUCCUCCCUGGAUGAUUAGGUUUCCCCUGACACACAAAAAAAGACUUAAUCGGGAAUUUAACCUCAUGGUGGUAUCCCAGGGUACCACAGCACCCCGGCUCUCGCACAAUGUCCGUGAUGCAGUCAUUUUUAGUCCGUCGAUGGUCGGCGAUGCGGCAAUCGACUCGUCUCGACGAGCUGUACACGAUGCACCACCACGGUGCCACAUGCGAGCGUUCAGGGUUUCGGCGCAAUCGUCCUCGCUGCGUUUCGACAUCGCGGAGUGUGGCACCGAUUUCGGAUUGAUUGGUACCCCAGUCGCGGAGUUGAAGUACACCCCUGGAAAAAAUAGUGUCCCAGAAAUUAAAUAUUUAAUUGCCUCGGCCCAUUUUUUAUUAUUUGGUAACCCGGGGUACCGCCAUAAGGAUCAAUUGGCCAAAUAUCCCAAGUGAAAUGCUCAUGAACAGGUUUUGAGACUCAGCGAGGCUCUUUAGGGUUCAAUCUGCGACACACAUUUGUUGAAUGAACUGUCAGUAGCCUCGCUGAAGAUGUAUACAUUAUCAUGGAAAGUGGAUUUACUACAUUUAUUGCCAGUGACUUUCAUUUCAUUUUUUAAGGAGAAGUUUCGACAGGAUUUGAAAAGUUAAUGUGAUUCUGAAUAGCGUUAUUUUAAAAUUGCUAUUGAUCAAAUGCCAUCAUGAACUGUCGCAAUAUAUUGAGGAAAAUAUUUUAGAUCUCAUCGCCAGUAAAGACAUUUGUGUGACGGAUAGCAUUGGCAAUGUAGGACUUAACAGAUAGCCAAAUUGAUUUAACAUUAUUACAACUCGAUAGCAAAACUCGACGCAUGCUUGUAAUAGCUGAAAUCAAUGUUGCAUAAAACCCUUUACAAUGUUUGGAACGCAACCAGACGCAUUUGGAAACAGCAUUUACAGUGAUGUAAUUGCAGUACUGCAGAUAUUCGAUAACGAAGUUAUUCAUUUGCAUUCUUGGUGAUGUAAUUAUGAACUAACUUAAAGCAUAUUGGCUAUUUAUUCACUAAUCACCACACUGCCGACCUGUUAAGAGAGAUCGAUGGUCAUUACGAGUGUACAACUUCAUAUCUACC